GCGCCCCUCCCUCUCUUCUUCAUUCCCUCCCUCCCUCUCUCCGCCCGCCGUGAGGGCGGGAGGGAAGUGGCAGCCCCGAGCGGGAGGCGAGGGAGGCGGCGCGCCGGGAGCCAUGCGGGAGUACAAGGUGGUGGUGCUGGGCUCGGGCGGCGUGGGCAAGUCCGCCCUCACCGUCCAGUUCGUGACGGGUUCCUUCAUCGAGAAGUAUGACCCCACCAUUGAGGACUUCUACCGCAAGGAGAUCGAGGUGGACUCCUCGCCGUCGGUGCUGGAGAUCUUGGACACGGCGGGCACCGAGCAGUUCGCCUCCAUGCGGGACCUCUACAUCAAGAACGGGCAGGGCUUCAUCCUGGUAUACAGUCUGGUGAACCAGCAAAGCUUCCAGGACAUCAAGCCCAUGCGGGACCAAAUCAUCCGAGUGAAGAGGUACGAGAGGGUGCCCAUGAUCCUGGUGGGCAACAAGGUGGACCUGGAGGGCGAGCGGGAGGUCUCCUUCGGGGAGGGCAAAGCCCUGGCCGAGGAGUGGAGCUGCCCCUUCAUGGAAACCUCGGCCAAAAACAAAGCCUCGGUGGACGAGCUCUUCGCGGAGAUCGUCAGGCAGAUGAACUACGCCUCGCAGCCCAACGGGGACGAGCAGUGCUGCUCCUCCUGCGCCAUCCUCUGAGGGCGGUGGCGGGCCGGGGCUCGGCGGGAGCGGAGCGGCAGCGGGAGCGGCCCCGCAGGCGGGCGCGCUGCCCUCGGCGGCCGCCGACACCGAACGCACUCAAAACAAACAAACAAAAAAAAAAAACCCGAAAAAAAUCGUGUUGGAAAUGUGGCUUUUUUUGGCGUGUACGUUUCGUCCAGUCCUGGUCGUGGCAUAUUUCCCGUCGGUGUCUCCGCGGCGUGCUGCCCCGCGCUGUGGCACCGGGAGGACGAUGCCGGCGAAGAGCUGCUCCGGCCUGCGUGGGGAGCGGGACCAAUGCGGACCCCCCUUUCCCUGCCCCGCCGGUGCGAGGAUCGCUAUGCAAAGUUGCAAAGUCGGGGAUUGUGCCGGGGCGCCCAGCCCGGGGCGUUGCACGUCUGACCCGGGACGAACUCGGACCCUGCGGCAGGCCGGCGCGGGGUGCUGGGGAGCGCCUGCGACGAGUCGUGGGAUACCUUCCUAUUCUGUUUACCUGCUGUAUCGGAUGGGAGUUUGCAGGAAGAGUGGUAGCGUGUUGGGUUUUCUCUGGGUUUUGUUUUGUUUUUUAAAAUCAGCUGUGAAAAUGUUACAAAUCUGCACAAUUUUUUAGGUGUGCGUGUGUGUGUGAUUUCGUUUUCAUUUUAAUUUUUCUUUUGGUGCGUGGGAGUGGUGUUUUUUGUGGUUUUUCUUCCGAGAGUUUUUCUUUUUAGGUUGGCAAUAACUGAUUUUGAUGACUAGCUCUCUAAAGUGCAAAGACUUCCUAUAUGUGAUGCAGGGCCAACAGCAACCCUGUGUCUAUAGAGUGCCUUCAAAACUCAGCUGUUUCAGCCGGUGCCAACCUGUGAAAGCUCCACAGAAUCCCAUUAUCUACUACUCCAAAAACUACUUAACAGUUUCCUUGCAGUAAUCAUACUGAACAAACCAGGACAAAAGGGCCUAUUGUCAGUGGAAUUUAUUUCUUAUUUCCAUCUGAGCCUUUUAACUGUAAUUUCCUUGUCUUGCAAGUUCGGGCUUCAUUUACUUCAAAUUUACAAGAAUUUAGCCUUUUGUUUUUUUGGGGGGGAGGAGGGCUUUUUUGUUUUCCUUCUUCCCCCCCCCCCCCCCUUUGGUUUUGUUGUGGAAUGUACCUCCAGCCAGCAAAGAAGGAAAUCUUAUCAUUGUGAUGUACCAAGAAAAUUCUAACAACUGUCAUUUUAAUUCCAGACAUGCAUUCAGGAGAUGUCUAUCCAUUUUAAGAAUUUUAAUACAGAUGGUGUUUUUUAGAAAACAAAUUUGUGCGCUUUUAUGUAUUACAUGAAACACUAACUUUCACAUAGCCUGUUAAUCCUGGUUUGUAUCUUAGUAGAAGUGAAAGGGGGGGAGGGGCUCGAUUAGCUAAGGACAUUGUUUAAAAAGAAAAAAGACCACAAAAUUAUUAUUUUACCUAAUAUUACAGUUUUCCAUUCAUGUUUAGGUCCUGACCCUGUGUGAUGGCAGCAUAUGAGUGGAAAGCUGUAUCCAGUAGGCAGCUUUAGGAAGGUCGUAUGAUUUUAAUGCUGAAGGCCUUAUCAGAUUAGGCCCUUAUUCCUUACUGGGAACAGUGUUUAUUGGGUAAAAUUCUAAAGGUCAGUUAUUUGUAAAAUUUAAGCUUCUAAUGUCUUUAAAAUUAUGCAUCAGACCAAUAUAUCUUUCCUGGUUUGCAGAGAGGUGGAAGGAGACCUGCACCUUCUGUAAUUUGGAAGAUCUAAGGAGUUCAAGUCCAUUAUCUUCCUCUCAGCCCCUUCUUUAAAGAUCAGCGCACAAAACCUGCAAGUCUUUCUUUUUUCUUUAUUUUUUAACCCCCUAUCCCAAGAAGACUUGAAAUUAUCUUGCAACAUUAAACCAAGUUGAGCAAUGAUGUGUGAAGGGUUUUUGUGAGGGGUUUUUAAUCAGGCCAACUGAAAACUAACUGCCAUGAUUCCUGCUGUGAAUCUGACUAUUUCGAUUUUAAGUAGGAAAACUUUUUGCUUCAGCACUGGAAGAACAGUGUUUAGUAUUAGUUUAACUCUAUGUAUUGAAAUCCCAUGGGGGUCUCUUCUGAGCUCACAUGAAUUCCUCAGAACAGCAAGGAUCUGUUCUGAUACAGUUAGCCAGGUUGUGUCAGUCACUGAUACAAUAAAAGUUAAAAAGGGAAUUGGAGGAGACAGUCUCUCAACUUCUGUUUGGGCCUUCAUAUGAUAGACAGAUUGAACCAGCCCCCCCUUUUUAAGUGAAAACUGAAAACCACUUUGCAGCUUAUUUUCCAGAAAUCUUUAAAAAUUAGAAGCCAGCUCCUUGAAGACUUCCAUUUUAGAAUGCAGGGGGGUAAUGCUUAUUAUUAGUAGGGGUUUCUUUUAACACAAAUACUGCAUUGAAAACUAAGAAAGCUCGACUGCCACCAUGUCUGUAGUUUUAAAAGCUUCAUGUCUGAAGUUAAAAAAAAAAUGCCAUAAAUUUACAUCUCAGCUACUGCUAUGUUUCAAUUUUGCCUUAAAUUUAGUGGGAUUACAGAAUUUUAGAACCCAACAGGCCUUGGUCUAGAUCAGUGUAUUGAAAGCAACUUGUUCUGCUUAAUAAAAACAGGUAUUUAUUCUGUUCUCCCCUACAGACAACAGAUUCUUAAUGUUUUCUAGUGUCUUCUGUUUCUCUACUGCCUGUUUUGUGACUGAAGAAUAAUGCUAAACUGGGUGUUUGUGGCACACAGCGGCACAUAAAGUCCAGUUUUUCUCAGCCUAGCAGAGCAACUGAAGCCAGCCUAGUAAGUUGCAGGUUAUGCUGGGCUUUUCUGUAGAUACAUUCUAUUUCUUGCCAAAAAGGUGUGUUCAUUAAACAGUGAAGCAUUUAAGAAAUCAUGGCAUGUGUCUAAUCAGAAUUUUGAAUGUAUUUAGGUGUUCAAUGUUCUCUAUGACUUGGUGAGGACAGUACAAAAAGUAAAGCUCAGUAGUCUGAUCUUCCAAAUACUCUGAAGUGGUUUGGUGCUUGUUAAACAUAGGCCUUGUCUAUAAAGUUGAAAAAAAGUAAUACUGCUUUAACUUGACCGAAUAAUGAAAGCUAUAUUAGCUUCUACACUUGAGGAAAAUGUUGUAUCAAUAUGAAGGUACUCUAUUCCUUUUCCCUGUGGGAAUAUGUUAUAUCCAUGUCAAUACAAAGGUGGUAUAUAGCUCUUUUCGAAGUGAGAAUUGCAAAUAUUUAAUUGAUUUGGAAGAAAAAAUACAUUCCCAGGCAAAAUACUUCCUGACAGUGCAGAAAAUGUGUAAACAAGGCCUUAGUUUAAGGCUGGUCUUAGGGCUGCAUUUUUUGCUGUACAUAAUGAUUGUAUUUUUUAAAAUCCAAGCUUGUUCUAUUGCAAGAAAGUGUGUCUUUGAAAUCCUAGUCUCUGUGAUUGUAACUGCAGUAUUCUCGACCUCAUUUUCAAUACAAGUGUGGUUCUUAUCGACAUGAUGCUCAGGCUUUAUUAAUGUUUAUGGUUCUGGAGAUGUUGAAUUAUGUGGCUGUGGGAUUCCUGAUGUCUGCUUCUCUCUAAAGAAUGUACAGCAAGUUUUUUGGGCAUUUUAAAUAAAGGGCAGCUGGCUCUUUA